GUCUCUGAAUCGCCUCUCAGUGUUUGUUUUGAAAACGUAGACCAUGUGUUCGAAAGAGCUUCGUAAUAAAGUUUUGUUCUUUUUAGAGAACAGAAAAUAUGCAAAUAAUCUCGUCGACAUACUUUCCUUAAUAGAUGGCAGUGAGAAGAAAUCACAGGCAGCGAUACUUGCAUUGGAGCUUGCAUUUUCAGAAGUACUAAAACGAGGAGACUUGCAUAAUGUGCCCCAGAGUAUUACACUAAAUGAGAGUGAUGCAGAACAAAUAUAUAAAUUGUGGCUGCGAGAAAGAUAUGAGGAAUACUUCGACAAGUUGUUGUGGACCAUAGAGAAAGGAAAACUUGCAGCACAGUUACAAGCUCUGUCGAGUGCUGUGAAACUUUACAUUGUACUGGAAGGAAGAUACCCAUUGGAGAAUACAAUAAAUAGUGAAUACUAUUUUCCUUUGAACAGGUUAAAGUUUAUCGUCAGCAAACUUCUGUCAAAUGAGAGGGCAAACAGUCAACUAAUUACCAGGCUACUUGAAUAUACAUCUUGCAAAGACUUCUUACAGUUUACUUGGAAGGUGCUUCCUUCAAUAGUUGUUAUGGAAAGUAAACCCAACGAGAUUUUUCUUAAUAACUUAAUUGAAUUACUGGAUAAAAUUCCAAUCCCAAGGAAGGAAGAGGAAGGAAAAAUGACUUUGUUGCUAUACAGCAGUGAAGAACAGAACUGUUUUGUGCCUAAAACUCAACUUAUGCAGAAGUGGCUUAACAAAGUUUGGAAUUGUAUGAGCAAGUGGGAGUACUGGAAUUACUCUCCAGUAACUCAACGGCAUUUGCUUGUAGUUUUGCUUGAGAAACUCCUUCCACAUUUGGAAAAACCACUGCUUCUUACAGACUAUUUUAUUGACUCUAUGGAUGUGGGUGGUCCUGUUAGUUUACUGGCACUACAAGGAAUUUUUACUCUCAUACAACAUCAUAAUCUGGAGUAUCCUAACAUUUACAAGAAGCUAUAUUCAUUAUUUGAGCCAGAGAUAUUCCACACUAAAUACAAGGCUCGGUUGUUCUACUUAUCAGAUAUUUUUCUGAGUUCGACACAUCUUCCAGAGAACUUAGUUGCAGCAUUUGUGAAACGUCUCUCAAGGCUUGCUCUUCUGGCACCACCACAGGACAUUUUGAUCAUAUUAAGAUUUGUGGGAAACUUGUUAAUACGCCAUCCAGGUCUGCAGAUACUUGUGAACUGCACGCAAGGACAGCAAGUGACAGGUGAUCCCUUCAUUAUGGAAGAAAGUGAUCCAGUAAAAAGCCAUGCAAUUGAAAGCUCAUUGUGGGAAAUCCAGGCUCUGCAAACACAUCAUAUUCCUAGCAUUGCAUCUGCAGCUAGGUUUAUCAACUUUCCUCUACCAUCUCUGGAGUGGGAUCUGUCAGAUGUGUUGGAGGUGUCAGCAGAUGAUCUGCAGGUGGUGCUGGCUUCAGUUAUGCAGCUCGAGGCUGUUGCCUCUGGGCUUCUCUGUGGGGGCUGGACAUGGGGAUGCAAGAUGUUCGAAAGAGAAUUGAAGAAGAAAGUUACAGAUGUCAUAUUAACUUUUGAAAAACCAACAUCUCUUUCAUUACCAAGUGGAGAGAGGCUGUCGGAUUAUUGGUCUCUUGUAUGAUUAUCGGGUGUUCUGGACAGGGUGACUUUUGUGACAUUGCCCGUGAGGACAUGAAGUAUAUGUAAUAGAACCUUGACAUGCAUUCCAAGAUUUUUUUUGUCUUACACACAACGAAUUUGAGAUUGCUAAUGCGUAUUGCUAAAAACUUUGGCUGUACUUUGAUCUGCUUUUGUAUGCUUGUACAUAUAACUUAAGUAACAGAUGUUCUGUAUUAUAUUAAAGCUUCUCAUUCACUUACACUUGUGAUUCCCAUUUUCCUAGAGGAUGAUCACCAAUCCAUUGGUAUUAUUUUGUUAAUGAUUGUAAAAUGUUAACUGAAAUGAUUUGAUAAUUUUCAGAGGUAUAUAGUUUUGCUAUUACUCUAAAAUUAUAAGAACUGUAUAUGUGUUUAUUUUAGAAUUUUACUGGAGAUAUCAAUAAUAUGUGGAACUGUGCCACUGAUAUGUUUGAUGACAACUCAUUGGCACUGAACUGACUAGUAUUAAAUGUACUAUUGAUAUGUUAACCAAAAAACCACAUAUUAUGUAAUAAAUUAUAUAACAUUUUAUAUAUUAUAAAAGCACAGAAUUUCUGUAACACUGCACAUACAAUUUGCUAAGCAUUUAACUAUUUUGCAGCUGGGAGUAAUAACAGCAAGGCACAAAAACUGAAAUAAAAUGUGCAUGUUAGAAGCCUUAUAGUUGCAUGACUUUGCAACCAAUGUUUUAACAUACAAGUAACCUGACAAUGUCUCAGAUCAGUCAGAUGAAGAAUGGUUACAGCAUAUAGAUUUUGUAAGACUGUGAUUUAUGCAGUUGGCCAUCUUUAAUAUUUAGUUGAAGAGCGGUAUAGUGCCAAGAAUAGUGGUUUGAGUAUAAAGUGUUGGGUACGAAACUAUGGAUAUUCCCUUCAGUUGUGUUGGACAACUACAUGACCCAUUUGUGGUUCCAAAUGAUGUUGUUGACAUUGGCAGAUUUAACCCUGUUAAGCUGUGUGGCAAUAAGGUCAGAUCCCUACUAAAAUUCCAAAUUUUACAUAAUAAUCCAUGUAAACCCUUCUUUGUUAUUCACAUGCUAUGUACCAACUUUUUCUUGAACAUGAAAGAUGGUUCCUGUCACAUAAUAUGUCACAGGUACUUAUUUAUUUAUUCCCAUUCCUCCUUUUCACCAUUUUGUGGCUUGAGUUCUAAGUGUGUCACCUUACAUAGAACCACAAAAUCUCACCUUACAUAGGGCCGUAAAACCUCAAGAAAAGCCUCCACAGUUCUGUUGCCACUUUGUCGAUACAUCCAACUCCAUCAUCGAUAAAUAUAUAUCCAUUAAGCUGCAGAAGCUAUACAGUCUCUGUAUGGUCCAAUUCAUUGAGAUAUAGUAGAUGGGACAGGAUGAAAGAUGAGUCUGUGGUAACAAUGCAUACCAACAAAGAAACAUAAAUGAGUACUACAGAAACCAAGCUUGGGGCUGAGUCUUUAAUGUCAUCCAAAAUUCUUAUAUCAUGGAGGAAAUGAACAUUAGUCCUAAGUCUCCAUCAUAAAGACUCAGAUCUGAAGAAGCCCUUGCAGAUUAGUUUCUUAGUUUUUCUCAAAAUGAAAAUAUAUUUGAUUCUGAUAUGAACUGUAGGUCUUUAUCAGGAAUUAACGCACGGUACAAACCAAAAGGGACUGACAUUAGUUUCAACACUAAAACACAGUAUAUAAAUACAGUUACCCAACACAUGGACAUGGAAACACACAAAAGUUGAAGCUGAGCAGUUAAUUGCAGUGGGGCCAGUAUUACACAUGGAGCUCAUUCAGGUGACACACAGUGCGCACAGGCAAACAAAACAGAAAUUUUGAAUCAUGCAACUAUAUAUUAAAAGAAUGAAGUCAAUGUGAUUCAAUGCUGAGAAAGAUGAGAUGACUAUUUUACAUUUAAAAUGUUAGAAUAAAAAAGAGAAAACUGAUAAGUCUUAUAGGAAUUUAUAGUAGAAUGAAAAUACUUUAGGAUUAAAGGAGAUGACUCACCAAAAUGCAGAAGAAUGGAGUUGUCAAUAAGAACACACACACAAGGAAGAAAACUAGCCUUUGAAGUUAUCCUUUGAUGAGCUAGAGUAAAAUACACAAACGCCCCCCCCCCCCC